GCCCACUGCUGCCUCCCGUCCUUGUUGUCGCUGAUGAACCGAGGGGGUUCUAUUACAAGACAAGGAGCCGAAGAGCGGGUUUCGAACCAAUUCUGCGAAACCGCAGAGAUCCUCCAGGUAACAUUUGCAUGAACCACUUUUUAUUAUUUCUAGCAUCUAUUUCUCAAGCUACUUGCUAACGCCAAAUGCGCCUAAUCGAUGAACUCGCAUCGGACGCGGUGUUUGACACAACGCCGCGGACAGACAAAUGCCGGACAUUCUGGGAGGUGCUAAUCCAAUACUACUCGCACACAGAGUACAUCCGUACGCCUGGAGAGAUCCGCAGCGACUCGUACAUUCUCUUUGGGCGCGUGCAGUGCCGUGCCUGGAUGAUCAUCCCGCUGGCAGUGCUCAGCCAGUUCUGCCUCGGGUCCCUGUACGCCUGGUCGAUCUUCAACAAGCCCAUAGACAAGCACAUGUACGGCGACGCGGAGGCGAACCGAGCCCAGAUAACCUUCUAUAUUGCGCUGGGCAUGCUGGGCGCCUCAGGCGCAGCCUUUGGGCCCUGGAUCGAGUCGCACUCGCCCAAGAUGUGCGCGCUCCUGGGCGCGGCGUUAUUUUUCGCCGGGCAUUGCACGGCCGCACUGGGGCUGUUCUGCAAGGAUAUCGGCAUGUUGUAUUUCGGCUACGGGUUCAUCGGCGGCAUUGGCCUGGGAGUAGGCUAUGUGGCCACUAUUGACGCUGUGAUCCAGUGGUACCCGAAUGCGCGCGGCUUUGCGUCCGGGCUGGCAGUCAGCGGAUUCGGCAGCGGCUCAAUGGCCUUCAGCAACAUCAACACGCAGCUUAUCAAGCGCUUCAGCAUCCCGACCGUGUUUAUUAUCCUGGGCAUAAUCAACCUCACUGUGAUGGUCCUAUGUGCCUUGGUUAUGCGGCCGCCGCCACCCAACUACAAUCUGCCCGGGGUGGCGGCCGACAUGGCUAACCAGUCAAUGACAGAUGUGCGGUGCAAAAGGCACAGCGUGCAGCAGACAAUCAAGGGCAAGACGGCGACGGUUGGCGGGCAAACAGUCACCGUGGGGUCGAGCUCCGGCGACCCCGUCCUGGUAAUCCCCUUGGCCGACGCCCUGUCAUCGGCGGACUUUUGGUGCCUGUGGGCGGCGUUCUUUGUGAACCUGGUGUUCGGCGUCGUGAUCAUCUCGAAUAUGGCCAGCAUGACCAGCAACAUGUUCCAUGGCCGGACCGAAAUGCCCGUGGCAUCUCUGGUGACCAUCGAGGGUGCAUUCAAUGCCUUCGGCCGGCUGUUCUUCGGCUGGGCAUCGGACUGGUUCGGCCGCCGCCGCACGUUCCUGUUCAUUAUCACUUUGCAGAUUUCCAUAGUCGCCUGUCUGAUUGUGAUCAUGCCCAGGCUCGCAUUCUGGCCGUUCGUCGUGCUGGUCUGGCUGGCCACGCUCUGCUACGGCGGCGGCGUCGGCGUCAUCCCGGCCACGUUGGCAGAUAUGUUCGGUGCUACCAACAUGUCUGCCUGCCACGGCGUCAUUCUGACCGGCUGGUCUGUGGCGGCAAUCGGCGGCGGCCUGACCUACACCGGCAUAGUCAAUAUGCUGACGCACUCUGCGGGCUACACGCUGGAGGACCCCCGCGUCUACGUAAUCAACCUGUACUGGAUCCUGUCGCUCCUUUUGGCCGGCUGGCUGAUCCUUCUUUGCGUGCGCGUGUCGCCGCGCCAGCGCCUGUUCCCGCGCGUCCACCAGCAGAUAUUCUGCCACUUCGCCGCCGGCUACUUGAUCAGACUGGCUGGCAAUCCCUUCCAGCGCGGCCUGCACGACUAUGAGUUUCUGAGCGCAGCGCUGCCAGCAAUGGACACGGAGCUGCCGACGGUCUUUGCGCAGGACGGCAUGUCGGUUAUGGAGAAGCCCGCCGAGGCCUUUGAUUAUGUCGAGAGCGCAGCGAAGCUGUCGGUUUCGUCGCCGGCCCGCGGCUCGUGCGUGCAGCUGGUGUGCUCCACCCCGCCCCGCCGUCGCUGUCUGGUUGUGGGCAAAUGGCGUCUGGAGAUUGUCUCCAGAGAAGAGGUCGCUACGGUCUGGCGCAUGUACUUGUCAUGCGCGCUAUUGGCGUCUGCUAGUGACAAUGAGUAGCUUUUUUGCGUGUUUCUUUGUGCGUUUUUUUAAAAUACAACAUCA